UUUUUAGGGCUGCAAGCUGUUUGUUACAGUCUUAACACUAGGUUUUAUCAGUUCAAAUAUAAUUUAGAAAAAAAAAUCCUGCUUGUUCUAAUCUAAAUGUUGCUCUUACAGCAGCCACCCAGAUCAUCACAGAAAGUGUAACCACCACUCAUCUGACAACAACUGUCUUUGUGUCUCCACAACCUGUUCUGGAACUAAAGUCAGCUUCGUUAGAUGUCUUCACCACUGAGAAAGUGGAAUUAAAGUGUACCAUCCCUGACAUCUCUGACUGGACCAUCUCCUGGAAGAAGGAUGCCACUUUUAUCGAACCACAUCUGUCUGAUUCAGCAGAUGGGUCUGUGCUCACAAUUGCUUCAGUGACAACAGCUGAUUCUGGCAAUUAUACUUGUCAUGGACGGCACAAAACAAAAACAGGUGUCAACACUAACACUAGCAACCCGCUUUCAGUCAGUGUUACUGCAAACAGACCCAAGCCUGCUCUGACACGAAGUUCAGACAUUGACAUGAUGUAUCCUGGAGAAGCGAUCACCUUCACGUGCAAUGUUGAUGUGUCCUCUGGAUGGGAAUAUGUGUGGUACCAUAAUGGAAGCGAAAUCCACUCACCCAGCAGUACUUAUAGUUUACCUUCUAUAGCUCAUUCUAACAGUGGAGAGUACUGCUGUAAAGCCAAGAGAGGCCUAUUCUUCACAGAUCAGAGUGUUUCUACCAUUCUUCAGGUUUCAGCAACCAAGGCAAAGCCCACUCUGAUACGGAGUUCAAAGUUUGGCAAGAUGUAUCCUGGAGAAGCGAUCAACUUCAUGUGUAGAGUUGAUGAGUCCUCUGGAUGGGAAUAUAUGUGGUACCAUAAUGGAAUCRAAAUCCAAUCACCCAGCAGUACUUACAGUUUACCUUCUAUAGAUCUUUCUAACAGUGGAGAGUACUACUGUAAAGCCAAGAGAGGCCCAUUCUUCACAGAUCAGAGUGUUUCUACCAGUCUUCAGGUUUCAGCAACCAAGGCAAAGCCCACUCUGACACGGAGUUCAAACUUUGACAAUAUGUAUCCUGGAGAAGCGAUCAACUUCAUGUGUAGAGUUGAUGAGUCCUCUGGAUGGGAAUAUAUGUGGUACCAUAAUGGAAUCAAAAUCCAAUCACCCAGCAGUACUUACAGUUUACCUUCUAUAGAUCUUUCUAACAGUGGAGAGUACUACUGUAAAGCCAAGAGAGGCCCAUUCUUCACAGAUCAGAGUGUUUCUACCAGUCUUCGGGUUUCUGACCCACCAAAACCAGUUCUUUAUCUGCUGAGUUCCUGGUUGGAUGUAUUUCCAAAUGAGCACUUGGAGCUUCACUGUUAUGGGAGCAGCUCUGAGUGGACCUUCUCCUGGUACAAAGAUGAAAAAGAGCUCCUGAAAGACUCAGCUGUGGAACUGAAUGAAAAGGGAUCUGUGCUCAAAAUAACUUCUGUCAGUACAUCCCAUCAAGGAAGGUUUGCCUGUAAAGCUCACCUUAAAUCUAGAGGAGUCAUCUCUGGGUUCAGUAACACAACUGAUGUGAAGGUUUAUGACAGCAUACCAAAACCUUCACUGAGCAGAAUUUAUGGUUUUGAUCCAAUGUAUGUUGGAGAAACUGUCAAGUUCACUUGCAAAGUUGAUGUUUCUUCUGACUGGAGUUAUCAGUGGUGUAAAGAUGAGAAGGAGCUUCCUAACACUGGCAAUACAAUCAGCAUCAACCUGGGUCUUUCCAAUCAAGGGACGUAUUCCUGCAAAGCCAAAAGGGGUCAAGUGACAACGACAGGACAUAGCAACAAAAUAAAGCUGGAUGUUAAAGAAAUUCCUGUUCCCAAACUGGACAACCUGACCCAGUGGCUGGAUGUGUUCCUCAAUGAGACCGCCAAGUUGAGAUGUCGGAUGCAGGAAAACUCUGGGUGGACGUAUACAUGGUACAAAGAUGGAAAGGAGGUCAAGUCUGAUGACAUCAAAAUUGAAAACGAUGAAAGCACUCUUUUCAUAAAAGCUGCUUCAGCUUCACACCGUGGAAAAUACACGUGCUCAGGAAAACUAAAGAACAGAUCUGUCAACAGCAGAUUUAGCUCUGAAGUUGCAAUUCAUGUCUAUGAUGCCGAACCCACAGUCACGCUGAUGAAGGAUACUGAGACCUCUUUGUUGCACACUGGGGAUUCAGUCUCCUUCCGCUGUCACAUCAGUGUCUCUUCUGGAUGGGAUUACCUGUGGUACAAAGAUGGAAACCAUCUUCAAGGAUCUAAAAACCAUCACAGUAUUGAUCAGGUUAAAGUAGCCGACUCUGGAUCAUAUGAAUGUGAAGUUAAGAGAGGAAAAGAUAAAAUUAUACGAUACAAAAGUCAAGCUGUGAAAAUUGAAGUUCACGAGCGUCCACAGGCAAGUGUAAUCUUGUUAACUGGCUGGUCGGAGGUCUUCUCCACAGAAAGCUUGGUGCUCAAGUGUGAAGUGGACGGUCUAGACCAGUGGAACUACACUUGGUAUAAAGAGCAAGAUUUGCUCAAUCUCAUGCCAUCAGAGAAACACAUUGUCACACCUCACAAUGACCCCGAGCAAAGCCGGUACUUCUGCAAGGGCGUCCGCAACGAGAGGCCAUUAUAUUCAAAAAUGAGUGAGGCCCUCAAGACCAAGAACCUACUUUUAAAGAGGAGGAUCCUUCUAUCCAUCUCUGGCUGCCUCUUCUUUGGCAUCAUUGCCGUCUUCCUUGGAUGCAUUACCCUCAGAAUUUGCCACAAACCAGCUGCUGCUGAGGACAAGAUGGAUGACAUCAUCCUGUUUCCUACCAUGGCUCAGUUAAAGGACAGCAAUGAUGCACCCUGUCCGCUGGUUGAGUACAUCACUAAUGCAGAUCUGAAUGCACCACCGAAAGAGGGUGAGGAGGAUGAAAUAGUUUGCAGUGAAACAACACCAUUACCCAUAUCUUCAAAGGAGGACCAAGCUGUGACCACCAAUGGCCAUGAAACUACAGAAAAUGGUGGUGGGAUGGUUUCCUUUCAGCACUGAGUUACUGAAGAUUGCGUUCCUUUCGACGAACCUGUCAAACCUUAAUAACAAACCAGAUAACAUUCAAAAGGAAAYGCUCAGUUCGUCCGACUCAGUUCUGAACACCUGUAAGCUGAGGGCAAGAAAAAAAUCCAGAGCAUUCAAAAAGUUAUAGGAAGAUGUUCAAAGUUAAUAAUGUAUUUUUCAUGCUGGAUAAAACUGUGUGUGGUUUAUGUGACUUCGUAAAACAAAACCAUGUAAGUGUAAAUAUUUUUUCCACACAUUAUUGUUUAAAUCUAUCAUGCGACUGAUAAAGAUUGUGCUUUAUUUAUCUCCGUCAGUGAAUAUUUACAUUCUUUGAACAGACACCAGAUGGCAGUAGAUAUAACUUCUUCAAAGCUUGUAUUUAUUGUGAUAAACAUUUCUUAAAUGAAUGUAGAUGCUUUGCUCUUCACAAGCAGCCAUUUCCAUACAGUUUGAUACAUUUUUUAUCUACAAAUCUUGUGCUUUGAUAUGUGAAUUAAACAAAAUAAAAUAUACAAAAUGUU